AUGAUUGAACGAGAGAGAAUUAAUAGACUUGUAGAACGAGUGGAAAGGAUCAAGCAACGAAGUUCAUAUUAUGGACCGAAAAAUUGUUGCUUAUGCGGUCAGUCUUUUGGAUUCGGACUGUUUUUGAACAUGACACAUAAGCAAAUAUGUGUAGACUGUAAAAAGCCUGUCUGCUCACAUUGCUGCGUCGAAAUUCCAUGUACCACGUCGCCAACGAAAAAAAAUGUCUGGCUAUGUCAUAUUUGUUCAGAAAUUCGUGAUAUCUGGAAAAAAACUGGAGCAUGGUUCUAUGGAUAUCCUCCGGGAAUUGUGCAUUCGAAUGCAACAAAGGAUAAAGCUAAUGGCGAUAAAAAUGACAAGAGUCAACAACAAGAUCAGACCGUACUUAAUAAGAAGCCACCAAAGACGACAAAAUUAGGUAUGGAAAUAGAGUCAGAUGAUGAUGAAGACGAAAUAGAUAGCAUUCAAAAAGAAGAGCCAAAGACAUUCAAAAAUGGAUCAUUUUCAAGUAGCUUUCUGCGUAAUAGAAAUUUAUUCAAUUUACGUCUCUCGACAGACUCAUCGACACGUCUAAUGACGGAAAGUAAUUCGACACUCCCAAAGAAAUCACCAGUUACUCCAUACAGUCGACAAACGAGCUCAAGUGAUUCUCAAAAAUCAGCAAAUAGUUUACAAACCCCUCAAUUAGUCAGCGAUUGGGAUAAUGCUAGUCCCAAUGAGUCUCAACGACGAACGAACUCGAUAUCGUCUUGUUAUUCAAUUGCUGAGUCAGUGAUGGGAAAUGGAGGUGAAAGUAUUUCAACGUGUCAAAAUAAUUAUCGUGAUACCGUACAGCCCUUAUGCUUAGGAUGGUUAGAAGUGUCAAUAACCUAUGACGAGUCGCAAGAUUGCGUUUAUUGUGUGAUUCAUCGUGCUCGAGACUUACCAGCAAUGGAUGCUCAAGGACUAUCAGAUCCAUUUUGUAAAGUUAAUAUAAUUACGCCAGAAAAUAAUCUAAGGCACACGAGAUGGUAUAAGUCGCGUAUAUCCCACAAAACCAAUAAUCCGGAAUUUAAUGAAACAUUUUCAUUUAUUGGAAUGAGUGCAGAGGAAAUUGGUGGUUCAGCGCUGUAUGUUGUCAUUCUUGAUGACGAUAAAUAUGGAAAUGAUUUCCUCGGGGCUGUAAAGAUUCCACUUGGAUCGAUCGUCAAUUGUAAUACGUGUCGUAUGACAGUACCUUUGGGGCCCGAAGACAAAUUCAGCAUGGAGUCGUUGUCGACGCAAACAUCAAAUGGACAAAUCUUAAUUGCAUUGUGCUAUAAUACACAAAAGAGAGCAUUAUGUGUUGUAAUUAAGCGCUGUAUCAAUCUAUUAGCUAUGGACAAAAAUGGAUUUUCUGAUGCAUUCGUUAAGCUUCAACUAAGACCUGACUCGUAUAGGAAAAAGUAUAAAACGAGCAUAAAGUGGAGAAACUUAAAUCCAGUCUUUAAUGAAGAGUUUUUCUUCGAAACUCGUCCGAAUGAUUUAGAUAAGCAGACACUCUUCAUUACCGUUUGGGAUAAGGACAUUGGAAAGAGUAAUGAUUUUCUCGGUUCACUCAUACUAGGUCAAUGCUCAAAGGGGAGACGAUUAAAGCAAUGGAGAGAUUGCCUACUUCUUCCUGAUCAAUAUCAUGAGCAAUGGCACUGCUUGAGCAGUGAACAUAUACCUCAACAUUAA